CCAGCUCCCAUUCACACAUCUAAAGGGAGAUUCCUACUGGCUUCCUACUGUAGGAGAGGAGUGAAGGAGAGAGAGAGAGAGAAACCCAGACAGUGGAAGGAGAGAGACAGAGAGACUAGGAGGUACAGAGGGAGUUUUUGCUGCUGAAGGAAAAGCAGAGUUACUAUGAAGCAGAAAAUGGGACCGGCUGCCACCUCGCUCGCUCUGCUGUGUUUAUGUUCUCUGGGAGUGUGUGUUCCUAUGGGGACAGGCAGCGCUGCACCAGCACAGGUCAGGACUUCAUAUGCUGCGUAUGAACCAGAGGUGAAGAGGACAAGAGGCGAUGUUCCCGAUAUUCUACCAGAACCUGAAGCAGAGCCAACCAGCCCAGUGUCGGACUUUGAGAACUCAUACAACUAUGUCUUAUCCAGACUGGCCAGCAUGGACCUAGCCAUCCACAAGCUGAAUGUCGGUCACUACACUCUGGAUGUUAAAGUCAGCCAGUUGAUGGAUCGUCUCUCCAGGAUGGAUGCUAAAGUCGGUGAGCUGGAGGACAGCAUCCAGGAGGUCUACCAACACAGCAAGGACAACCGCAAGGAGAUCGGAAGACUCGAAGGUUGCGAGAAGGGACAACGGAUUGGAUACAAGUGUUACCUGGUGUACAACAGCCUGGAAGAUUAUGCCGGAGCAUCCAGGAAGUGCAUAGAACGUGGAGGACGCAUGGCAAUGCCCCGUGAUCGAAAGGAGCAAGAGGCCCUGGCUGACUACGUAAAGAACUUCUUCCACCCUGGAAACUGGCCGGUCUGGCUGGGAGUCAACGACCUCCGCUCUGAGGGCUUGUACCUCUUUGACGAUGGAACUCGGGUCACGUACUUCCAGUGGCGUAAGCACUUCCUGUCCAGCCAGCCAGAUGGAGGGAGGCGAGAGAACUGCGUGGCGAUGUCGUCAGAUGAUGGCGACUGGUGGGACCACUACUGCGAUCGAACCAUGAACUAUAUGUGCGAAUUUGAUGACAGGGUGGCUCUUUAAAAGGAACCUUUUCCAAACAGCCUCUCUUUAUGACAUUAAACACCAGCAGCUCAUUAGAAAACAAAGCCCAUUUCAAUUUUCUAAUAAUUUAUUUUCAUUUAAAACUUUGUAGCUUUGUUUAAGUAGAUUCUUGCUGAAUGGAAAUACUUUAUAGUAUUUAAAGUGUUUUACAGCGAUGUCUCAGAAAUCCUUUAUUUCUAUACAAGAUGUGUACUGAUUGAAUAAGGCUUUAUCAGACUUAUGAAUAUUACAUUAUUCAUGCAGCAGCAGUAAUAUGAGUUAAAGCCAGUCUGGACUCUGCUGUGAUUUCAUUCAUGGAAUUCUAAAUAUUUGUCAAGUUUCCAAAAAAGAGAAAAAUGGAA